GGUCACCUACACCCUAAUGGCAUUUCUACUAAUCUUCCAUGAUUUGACUACGCAUUAUGCUCGCUUCCCAUUUGUAUUCCAGAUCUUCUGUUCAGAAUGGGGCCUCCUCUUUACCACCUAUCAGAUUUGGCCCUUCCCUCCUACCAAGGAGACCGCUGGUAACAUUCACAUUUUUACAUGGAAUUUUUCGAAAUAAAAGGGGCGGUAUAGGAUUCGAACCCCCGAUAUCACUGCUAAGACCCUCCGACUCGCCCACUCGAGUCGCUUAGCCCUUCUUCAAAUUGGUGAUUAAGGUGCAUCAGGCUUAGGUACUGGCUUAGCAAAUUGCACUAAUCUCUCAAAUUUGAUACUUUAUUUGGG